GCAGUUAGUCUCCGUUAGCCGUGCCAAUAUUGCCAACAAAAAUUGUUUGUUCGAAAUUCGUUGCAAACUAUUGAAGUUUUCCACCCUGGGGUAGCUCUCUUUAAGGGGCCUUAGAUUGCCCCAAAAACACAUACAUACUUAGGACACAGGAUAUAAAAGGAUAACGUAGGAUUCCCAAGGAUACCCAAGCGUGCACAAGGAUAUACCAUGUGCUGUUGGUUCUCCACACAAAAGCUCAAGCUAGUGGUGGUUCUAUCCACAUUGAUAGUUGCGAUUGAUGGCGAAGUGAAGGCCUCCACCAGUGGCACUGUACUGUUGUACCACAUAAAUACGAAAUUUUGUCAUUUUUUAAUAUCGCGCGUGGUCCUUGGCUGCCUGAUGACGGCCUGGGCAUCGGGAGGAUUCCUGGCCCUCUUCUGGGACUCGGUCAGGGCUUUGGCCAUCUAUUCGUCAGGGAUCUGCCUGUUGACCAUUUUUGAUUGCAUUACGCUGGCAUGGAUGUUCCAUUUAUCGGCCCGUGGACUUCCGGAAACCGAUUACAACGAAGGACUUAUAGAGCAUAUGGUAACCCACUCAAUUACAUCCCAUCAAAAGGAAAACAUUUUUCGUUUGGUAUCCGCAGGGAUACCAACAAAAAAACAAAAAAAAAAACCAAAACAACGCCCACCACCCACACAGAUCCUGGUCAGCAUCGCUGGUUGGUGGCUAACGUUUCGACUUCGUCAGCACUACGAGCAUGAGAUGAAAUACGAAGAGGAUCACAGAUACUUAGAGCGGAUCCUUGCCUCACAGUCGAAGACCCACGUAGACAAAUGAAGAUUGCUUCCGAGCCCUGUCUUCCUUCAAGUCCGAACCCGAAGGACCCUCUGGCCAGAAAGCUCCCCCUUUGAUUGCUAUCCCUUUUAUUAUCCUUUUACCGAAUUAGUUCCAGCAAGUUGCAUUUUCGGUAUUCGGUAUUCCGCAUUCAACAAGCUGCAAUUCUCGACCUCCAAACUCUCGGCACAAAAGGGGUCACGGCCAAUGUCAUCCAUCGGUUUCGGGGUUGAAGGACUAGUCUCGGUUCGUUUCAUUUCAUUUCGUGUCCUGGCCAGGCCUGGACUGGCCGCAGGGCCUCUAACAAGGACUGCAGGAGAACUGGUCUGACUGAAGGAUAACUCCCAAAAUUUCUCAUGAGAAACUAUGCUCAAGAUGUUUCACAAAAUGGAUGUUGGAUGAUAUUAUUUGUUAGAUGAAUAGUUUUAGUUUUAUUUUUUUUUUUUUUGUAGGAGUCUAUCAAUAUAUCAUUAUCCUGGCAAUAAAUUUAUUAUAUUUUAUUUUUGCUAUCUCA